UACAAACCCCACAACACCAGAACAAAAAACCAAAAGAAAACCCUUCAAACAUACAUACAAUAGCUGGCCAGAGCUUAGCAAUGGCAGCAACCCUUCAAGUUUCCAGCAGCAUCUUGUAUAAUAUAUGCCAGAGAGAAACUACCAGAGCUUCUAUCCAUAUCCCCAGAAUUCGCCUUCCAAAGCUCCCUCAAAGGGUUUUGAAAGAAGAAGUGAUGAAACAGCUGCUGCCGUCUUCUGCAUAUGGUCAAAAUAAUUAUAGAAGCACUGCCACUGCUACGCCCUCCACCACCACUACUACUUACAUAGACAAAAACCCUGAUUCUCUCAUCAACAGUACCUUCCUCUCUAAUUCAAUUAACGGUCAUGAUCAUGACGAUCAGGCAAAUAAUCAUGACUCGAACUCAGUGGCGGCCGUUAAGCAGCUUUACGCGAUCAUGGAGGGUGUGGCGGAUAGGAUAGAGAUGCACAAGAACGUUGGCGAACAACGAGAUAACUGGAACCACCUCCUCUUAACCUCCAUAAACGGAAUGACCCUGACUGCGGCUACCAUGGCGGGGAUCGCCAUUGCAGCCUCCGGUGGUGGUGCAGCUCUAGGGUCUCUUACGGCUCUCAAGUUCACAUCCACCCUAAUGUUUGCGGCCGCCACGGGGCUCAUGGUGGUGGUGAACAAGAUCCAGCCUUCUCAGCUAGCCGAAGAACAGCGAAACGCAGCCAGGUUGUUCAAGAUUCUCCAUUCCGAGAUUCAAAGCACGGUGUCUCUUCUUCUUCGCGGCGGUCCGAUGGCUUCGGAUGCUGCAGAAGAGGCUAUUGAGAAAGUUAUGGCGCUCGAUAAGGCCUACCCGCUCCCCCUCCUUGGAGCGAUGCUCGAGAAGUUUCCCGCCACCGUGGAGCCCGCGGUGUGGUGGCCUCGGCGGCGAGAGCCCCUCAGGAGGAGGACAGGAGGGCUUUACGAAAAAGUGAACGGAAAUGGGUGGAAUGAGGAAUUGGAAGAGGAAAUGAAGGUGGUUCUUAGGGUUUUGAAGAGGAAGGAUAGUGAAGCUUACUUGAGGUUGAGCAAAACAACCUUGAAGGUUAACAAGGUCUUGGCCAUUUCGGGUCCUUUGCUAACCAGCAUCGCGGCGGUUGGGUCUGUUUACGCCGGAUCUGCUUCGGGACUUGGCUUGUGGGCGGCAGCGGUUGGAGUUGUGGCGGGAGCUCUGGCAAGCGUGGUGAACACGUUGGAGCACGGCGGGCAAGUGGGGAUGGUGUUUGAGAUGUACAGGAGCAAUGCAGGGUUUUUCAGGCUAAUGGAGGAGUGUAUAGAGUUAAAUGUGGAGGAAGGAGAUGUGGAGAGGAGAGAGAAUGGGGAAGUGUUUGAAGUGAAGGUGGCUAUGCAGCUGGGGAGGAGCUUAUCGGAGAUCCGGCAGCUUGCGGCAUCUGCUGCCACUUCAUCAUCUGAAAAUGAGGAAGCCAUUGAAGAGUCUGCAAGCAAGCUGUUUUGAGUUUUUUUGUGGGGAUUCGUAUCCUUAUAUUAUCAAUUCAUUGUUUUGUUAAUAUAUGCAAAUGGUGUAUUUUUUCAUGAA